UACUGCGCAUGUUGCAUGUCAGGUGCGCGCAGCCUCCAUCUUGCGCUUCCCGAGCUGAGGCGAAAGGGCAGCCACCACAUACGCGCUGAUUCCCCCCAAAAUAAAAACAAGCAGGCGCUCGGGGAAAAAGAAAAAAGAAAAGAAAAUGACAGUUUGCCGAGAUGUAACUUUGUUCGGAAAGACCGGACAACAAACCGCGUCAGCAAAGUGAGAGGAAAGCAGCAUGGAACAGAGAGGCAGCGAGUCUGGACGGCUCUGAUCACCAUUAAUCACCAUUAAUCGCAGCUUUAUGGGAAUCUGGCUUUCAGAGGAGCUGAAAGGUGACAAAAGCUGAAAAGGACUCAACUUGAACCAGGAUGGGUGUGAAGAAGUUUGCCAUCUUUUUUCUGGCCCUUUCUGUUUGUCUAGAGGGAGUAUCUGCAAAAGAAAAAGGAACUAAGAAGGGGAAGAAGAAAGGGAAGCAGGUGUACUGUCCAUCACAGCUGUCAUCUGAGGAUCUGGCUCGAGUCCCUGCAAACUCAACCAGCAACAUCUUGAACAGGUUACUGAUCACCUAUGAUCCCAGAAUACGGCCCAACUUCAAAGGAAUUCCUGUGGAGGACAGAGUUAACAUCUUCAUCAACAGCUUCGGCUCCAUCCAGGAAACGACCAUGGACUACAGAGUCAACAUCUUCCUGCGGCAGCGCUGGAACGACCCCCGGCUGAAGCUGCCGGACGACUUCAAGUCCGACUCGCUCACCGUCGACCCCAAGAUGUUCAAGUGUCUCUGGAAGCCCGACCUGUUCUUCGCUAACGAAAAGAGCGCCAACUUUCACGACGUCACGCAGGAGAACAUCCUCCUCUUCAUCUUCCGGAACGGCGACGUCCUCAUCAGUAUGAGGUUGUCGGUCACCCUCUCUUGCCCGCUGGAUCUGACCUUGUUUCCCAUGGACACGCAGAGGUGUAAAAUGCAACUAGAAAGCUUCGGCUACACGACGGACGACCUGCAGUUCAUGUGGCAGACGGGGGACCCCGUGCAAAUGGACGCCAUCGCGCUGCCGCAGUUUGAUAUCAGACAAGAAGAUAUUGAUUAUGGAAACUGCACCAAAUUCUAUGAAGGGACAGGUUACUACACUUGUGUGGAGGUAAUCUUUACCCUGCGGCGACAGGUCGGCUUCUACAUGAUGGGAGUCUACGCCCCCACGCUGCUCAUCGUUGUCCUUUCCUGGCUGUCCUUCUGGAUAAACCCUGACGCGAGUGCGGCCCGGGUACCUUUGGGCAUCCUCUCGGUGCUGUCCCUGUCCUCCGAGUGCACCUCCCUGGCUUCAGAGCUGCCCAAAGUGUCCUACGUCAAGGCCAUCGACAUCUGGCUCAUCGCGUGCCUGCUCUUCGGCUUCGCCUCGCUGGUGGAGUACGCCGUAGUCCAAGUGAUGCUCAACAGCCCGAAGCGCAUCGAGGCAGAGAAGGCCAAGAUGGCGGCCAAGGAUAAGGCUGCUGGAAAAACCCCCGAUGCCAAAAACAACACUGUCAACGGGACUGGAGGGACGCCACUUCAUGUCAGCACCUUGCAUGUGGCAGAAACGCGCUGCAAGAAAGUGUGUACGUCUAAGUCGGACCUGAGGACCAACGAUUUCAGCAUCGUCGGCUCGCUCCCGCGGGACUUUGAAUUGUCAAACUUUGACUGCUACGGGAAGCCCAUCAAUACCGGUCUCGGCAAAUCUCAGGCAAAGAACAACAAGAAACCACCACCUCCAAAACCCGUCAUCCCCGCCGCGGCCAAAAGAGUUGACCUGUACGCCAGAGCCCUCUUCCCUUUCACCUUCCUCUUCUUUAAUGUGAUUUACUGGACCACAUACUUGAAUGUAAAUGUUUGAUUCUUUUGUUUUAUUAUCCCUCCUCUCCACUUUCUUGAAUUCUCUAUUGAUCAGAUGGGAAACACAGACAAAUAUGAACCGUGCCAGGAUUACUGCUAUUGUACUACAUUAAUCUUUACAUCCAGGAAUCUAUUUGUAUAUCAAACAACUUUUAUGUGUCUUAUCUUUCUUAAAAUUGAUAUAUAACAUAUUAUACCAAAAUACAUUAUUUAUCAAUGUUGGUACUCGAGAGAAUUACAGGAUUGUUGAGAAGAAAACUGCUGCGAUGAGCAGCGUGAAAGCAAGUCCACAAAGAUUGAUUGUGUAAGAACAGCUGAGGAUAUAUUGCAGAAAUAUUGAAGAGCAUAAGUUAAUAGCUAUUUCAUUUCUUUUGCACUUGUCCAGUGGGAGUGUGCUUGCGAUGUUAAUGAUUUAAAACAUUUUAUUUAUGCUUCAAUCUAAACUGUGACACUAUAAUUGCCUUGCAUGUGAAAACAAAAGAUACUGCAUGUAACCUAUACAAA